AUGUCUGACUCAGAAACAGAGCAAGACUCCAAACGAACUUGUGGAAAUCCUAAAAGUGCAGGGAAUGAAAAUAUUCAGUUAUCUGAAGUGAUGACAGGUUUACAUGAAAACGUUGGUGAGUUGAAUAAAGUGACAGGCCUAUCUGAUACUAUUACAAGAUUAGCCCUGAGAGAUGGUGAUAGACCUAAUACUAAUAGAUCCAAUUUUACAGACAGUAGAGUAGUGAAUAAUGCAUCAGCUUCAAGUCAUAGUACCAAUCCUGAAUCAAAUUCAACAGUUCCAAUUUUUAGGGCAUUUGAACAACCCAAGUUGCAUCGUAUUUUACCAAAAGUUGCUUUUUCUGGUUCUACAGAUUGUGAUGGAAUAACUUUGAUUCACUUUAUCAAGAUUUUUGAGGUGUUUUCACACGAAAUUACAUUUGAUAGUGAAGGAGGUCUUGUGAUGGAACAUGCUGAACUUAAUCGAAGAAUAACUGAUAAAUUUAUCCAGUGUAUUACUGAUCGUACUUUAAAAGGUGUAAUUAUAUCAGAAUUAAAUCGUGAUCCAAGAUUGAGAAAAGAUCCAGAUUACAUUGCUCGUUUUGCAGAUCAAACAGCUCAAUAUUUAAAACCAGAGAGUAAACCUAUAGAGGAAAGAAGAAAAUCAAGAUCUAGUAGAGUCGCUGCUAUAGAGCAUGACAGAAAUCAUAGAAGACAGAGAAGAUUUUAUGAAGAUGUUGAACCACAAAAUAGAGAUGAUGUUGACAAUAGAUAUCGUAGACAUAGACAUGACAAAUUUGAGAACCGACAGGACAGAUAUGAAAAUAGACGUAACGAAUAUAGACAUUUUAGUAAGGAUAAUCAUUUUGAUAAGAAUAAGGACAAAAAUGGUUGUCAAGUAAAUAGGAUUUCAGAUUUUAGUGAUAAGUCAGAAGAGAAAAGGUUGCAGUGUUUUGGUUGUUCAGGUAGAACUUUUAAACAUACAGUGAUAAUUGCAGAGUCUUUGAUCUGUGAGUUUAUUAUAGGUUCUGAUUUUAUGAGGAAAUUUGGUUGUUUAGUAGAUUUAUGUAGGAAUGUAUUUAUAAUUGGUGAUUUGGAAACUCCUCUUAUAACAUUAAAGGGAAGUAGGUUGCCUGGGUUGGGAUUAUUAUUUAAAUCUAAUUGUAAAUCUAAAUGGGUUCCUUGGCCGGUGUAG